AUGGAGCAAAUUAGGCGUAUCAGAGACUUACUUAGCGGACUUGAUUUCACUUUUCGUCCCAAGUCAUAUGUAAUAAGGUGCUAUGAUUGUGUUAUUGAUGUAUGGUUAUCUUGUUCUAACUUCUAUCGAGAAGUGCUCAACAAAGUCCGUAAUGACUUAGAGAGCAAGGGAAACUCUGCAGGUAUUGCUGCUGUUGAUGCAGCCCUCGAAGCGUUGGAAGCCCUAUCGAAUUCUGUAGGGAGGCAAUCCGUUUGUCAUGAUGAGAAUAGAACACAUGAUAUCAACUGUUGUUUUGAUAGCUUCUUCGGAUCCUUUUCCAACUACUUCCAAAGAGUUGAUGACAUAAAAGAAAACUUUCCAAGACUAUUCGACAGAUUUAAAGAUACAGUUGAGAAAAUGUUGCAAUAUGUUGAUAAGGACCUAAAGUUUCAAGAAACUGAAUCACCUGGUUCGGAGGCAUCUCUGAAAUCAAUCUUCCUUGAUCUCUUAGAAAUGGAAGGGGGGUGCGGUCAUACCUUCUUUGUUACAAGAGGUCACAGGAGGCUAUCCACUUUCCUUCGGCAUCUGAAUGAUAACCUAGGCCUUCAUGUUUUUGGAAAAUAUUUUGGUUAUGCUGUUGAUGAUGCUUCUCUCGGAUGUUUAGGGGAAGUUGGACGAGAACUGGAUGCUUUGGAAAAGGAGAUUAGCAGAUACAUGCUUCCUAAGGCCCAAGGAGCACGGGUGCAAGGGGCUCUUCGUGAUGUCAGGGAGUCCAUUAGAUCCCUUAUCCAGAAGCUACAGGCCCUUAGAGCAGCAUAUGACCAGGCCGUUGCUGAUCUUAAGCAAACUACCAGACAAAAUCGUGCAUCAUUUGCCCCUAAGUUCAAUGAACUAGAUCAAAUGCUAGGUGAGGCCAGCAGUGGCCUGGAUGACCUAAGGCAGAAGAUCGAUGAGCUUGAGAAGGCUCUUCCUCCUCCUUUGCGACUCUACGGGCGCCUGGGCCUUGUGUUUGCAGCCAUUCUGGUGGUCCAGUGCAUCCUCUGGUAUCUUGAGGAGGAGGACAGUGCAACUCGGAGGGCGUGGAACACGGGGGUGUACUCGCUGGCCGUGGCAGGGACCAUUGUAUACCAGGUGUGGAGACUGGCAGCGAGGUACCGUGACGACGGGGUGAUUGGGAUGCUGAGGGAGGAGUGGACUGCAGUUGGGUGCAUUGUGCCGAUGGCAGCCGGGCUUCUCCACGGGGGCGUGGUCAGGAGCAGUGUGUACAGCAUGACGGUGGCAGGCAUUGGGGCCGUUAUGAUGGCUGUGCAGGGCGGUGUGCUGUGUGGGAUGUCGCUGAUGCAGGUGUGUGUGGUUGUGUGUGGGAACCUGGUGCUCGGGGCUCUGUGUGUUGGCGGAGACGGGGAGUGGAGCCUGUAUCUGUGUGCUGCGGCUGUUGCGUUUGCAUCUGUUCUGCUUCUCGUGUUGAAUGUUGGCGGGGGUGGAGAGAAGAGUGUUGGCGAGGGCAUUGAGAGUAUGGUGUUUGUGAUGAGCAUGCUUGUGUGUGUGUGUGUGUCGCAUGUGUGUGGACGGGACUACGACAUGGCGUAUGGGGGGGGGGGGUGCCAGAAAAGUACCUUCGGGCUGGAUGAGGUCUACAUAGUGGAUGAAUGGAAUAAAGACGGUAUGAUUAUCUUUGAGUUAUCAUUUCUUUCUCUGAGGCAUAGAUAG